GGGAGUGUGAGGGGAGAGAACACAUCGCAGCAGAGAUGCAGCAGGAGGUUUUCCGAGAUUUCGGGGGCUGGUCAUGGUGUCCGGUGAGAAGGUGUGGGACCCCCUCCAUGCGGGCCUUAUUCAGUCACGUCUGAGUGAGCAACACCUGGCUGCUGGGCUAACUCCCCUCUGCAACCUCACACACAGUGCAACUAAGGACACCACGUGCCACCGGAGUCAGCGGUCAUCACUUUUGUCUUCCCCGCAACUGUCAUCAGUGGCUGUGGACGCCCUUCACCCAGUUCGGGCCUCCUUGCAGUUACACCCGCCUGUCAAUUUCUGCAGCUCGAGCAAAAUCAAAGGGCUACACAGAUCAGUUCGCUGUCUUGGAGUGGCCUCUCAGCCUGAAGAAGAGGAGGAGGAAGGGGAAGCUAAGCAGUUGGAAAUGAAGGGUAAAAGGCAUGGAGGCCGGGCAGAGGCCAUGGAGGACAGGCUGGAGGAUAUGGCUGAUGGACCUAAAAAUGCAAAAAUCACCCUAAGCUUCCCACUUAGUGCCGCCCCCCUUCCAGCGUCUCUGACAUCUCCAAACCAUUGCCGUAGCGCCUCCUCAUCCUCCCCUUCCCCCCACCAACGGCGGCCAUCCUCCAAGAGCUCAGACGAAGGGUCUCUGUGGAAACUGGAUGCUACCAUGGAUGUAAAGCACAGACCUUUCAAGCCCCCAAGGCAUGACAGCUCUCCGUCCUCUUCACCGUCCUCCUCCUCAUCUCCCAUGACUGUUCAUGCACUUAUCAGGAAGGAUAUAAAAUCCCCACCUCCUCUGAAGUGCUCCAAACUCAAUCCAGAGACUCAGUUUCACCGGUCGCCCCCAAGAUCCUCCAGCGGGUCUUUAGGGGGCGGUUAUGGUGGUGAUGCAUGGGAUGAGAGGCACAGAUUAGCCAACGGUACAGCUUCGCCCUCUCAGACUGCCCAGAUCCUCUUCAGUCUGGGUGCAUCAGCCUAUCAGAGAGGUGGGGAUACAGAGAGGAGAGAGAAAAUAUCAGGAAGACCAACUGGGAAACUGGGAAACCCUCAUGGACCAAGUCUUCACCCACCCACCCUCCAUCUCCCUCCUCCUUUACCACCGCCCCCUCCUCCCCCAUCUGAGGGUCUCACCGCACCCCCUCACUCGUCCUCCUAUUCCCCUACCGACAGCCUGAAGCCCGAGCUGAUUUGCGGGGUGUGCCAUCGGCUUUUCAGCUCGGCCUCUUCCCUAACGGUCCACAUGCGGCUGCAUCGUGGCAGCCGCGCCCUCAGUUGCCGUUAUUGUGGCAAAGUCUUCAUCCACAGCAAGAGACUGCAAUCCCAUGAGGCCUCCUGCAGGGUGCCAAGCCUGCCCUCCAACAGCCUGGGCCCUCCUUCUCUCACUGUGCAGCCAAAGGAGGAGCCGCUAGAGGAGGGUGAGGUGAGAGUGGAGGGGGGAAUGAUUGUGGGAGAAACAGACAUCAGUAAGGCGCGGCCAGGGAAGAAAGCGCGGAGCCUCCUGGCACGUAUCCAAGGUGAUGAUGCAGCAGCCACAGAGCUACUAGAGGGUGAUGAGAACCAUUUUGUGAAGGUGGUAGAUGGCAAUGUCAUUUACUUCUGCUCUGUGUGUGAGCGUUCCUACAUGACUUUAUCCAGCCUGAAGCGUCACUCUAAUGUACACUCAUGGCGCCGCAGAUAUCCGUGCCAUUACUGCGACAAGGUCUUUGCCCUGGCUGAGUACCGCACAAAGCACGAGGUGUGGCACACGGGAGAGCGGCGCUACCAGUGCAUCUUCUGUUGGGAUGCCUUCGCCACCUACUACAAUCUCAAAACACACCAGAAGGCCAUUCAUGGGAUUAAUCCCAGUCUCAUCUCCAGUGAGAAGACAGCUAAUGGGGGUUAUAAGCAGAAAGCUAAUGCCCUCAAGCUUUACCGCCUUCUCCCCAUGCGCUCCCAGAAGAGACCCUACAAGACUUACAGUGACAGUUUGCAUAAUGGCCUGCUACUGCCACCAACCGAAGCACCUUCCCUCUCCCUGCCCGGCUUGGGCUGUACUCUGGGCCCUGGGGACCUACAAAGCCUCAUCAGUGGGGCCCACCCUCAGCUUUUAAAGCCUGACCCAGAUGCCUUCCCCGAUGGCUUCCCUGUUUCUCUGGCUGCUGAACACAGGGACCUCUCUGGACUAACACCCCUCACCCAAACGGACAUGCCCCAAGUUAGAAAAUAUGACAGUGAGGCCCUAGAGUUAGAGCAGAGGAGAGGCAGUGGCAGCUUCAAAAUGUCUAGCAGCAGCAAAACCAAAACUCCCAAGACUGGCAGAGACACAGAGACAAGCAUGCCUUCUGUGAUAACAUAUGGCCAUACAAAACCCUCUGUCAUAGUUCAUGGAACAGCAGUGUCAUCCUCUGUCAUCGUGCAUAGCAACCAGGUCACUUCUGGAAGCGAAAAAAGCCCAAUGAACAGCCCAUCCCCUGAAACGAGCAGCAGCAGUCAGACUUCACACAAGAGCAGCCCCAGGGCCAUCAAAAAGCAAAGAGAUAGUGCAGAUAGCCAGAGAAAGAGGUCAAGAGACAGUUCAGAUACCACAGAGGAGGGCCCAAGAGGUAGACAGGAUGCAGAGACAGGCAGAUUAUUUCACAAAUCACGCAAGUCCCACAGCAAAAGUGACAUCUCUAACUCAAAGCAGCUGUCAGCAUCUGUAGGGUCACAGGUCAAAGAGGCAGGGCCACUGUGCCAGAUUACUGUACGUAUUGGUGAGGAAGCAAUAGUGAAGCGCAGCAUCUCUGAAACAGACCUUAGGAGAGACAAGAGCCUUUCUCCCCCCAAAACCAAAAGGAGUGAAACAUCAUCUGUGCGGGAGGCCAAGGAACCACGGCAUUCUCACUCCCACCACCAUCACCAUAAACACCGCCUCCAGCGCAGAGCCAGCCUGGAAGCCGAGGGCGAUAAGGACGGAGGAGAGUGUGAGGAGGAGGAGGAGGAGGUCAGGAAAAAGAGCUCCAAAUCCCCUGAUGAAGUGAGGGAGUACUACUUCCGUCAGGAGGUGCGUGAGCAGGACAGUGACCAUGACACAGAGGAUAACUUAUGGCGGCCAUACUAUUCCUACAAGCCUAAGAGAAAGGCUCAAGCACACCUACAGAGGGUCAAGAGCUGGCAGAGAAAACUAAAGUUCAAGCGCUCCAUCAGGCUGAAGAGGAGGGCAGAGAGGCUCAAGAACCACGUGAAUAAAGAAGCAGAUAAAUCACAAGAUGAGGAAGAUGACGGGAAGAUUGAGGAAGCUGAAAAACCUUCAAAAGCUAACAGAGACAAGGGAGAGAGGAAAAAGAAAGAUUAUCUCACUGGCCCUUUGAAGGAGAAAAACAAAGACGCAGAAGAACAAGUUAAAGAGGCACGUCAUGAGGUUUCCACUCCUGCUCUGCGCUCUCCAAAGCCUCCUGUGUCUACCUCAGUGGCUCCUAUGGGAAUAAAGAGGCGGCCUUGGACUAAUGGGAAUGCAGCAGAGUGUGGUACAUGUGGCCGCUGGUUCUCAAGCCCCAGGAAGCGAGACAAACACGAGCUGAGCCAUCUGCUGGAGUUUGUGUGCCUCUUCUGCCGAGCCACUUUCCCCUCAAGGGAUAAGUUGGAAGACCACCAGAGAGCCCAGCAUCCCAAGCCUACUGAGACACCCUCCGCACCCCCUAAAGUGGCACUUGGUGAGCAAGCUGAAGGGGUUGGGGUUAAAUCUGUGCCAGAGGUUGCAAAGUAUGAUGAAGAAAAAGGGGGGCAAGCAGGCUUAGUAGGGAGUAAUUCUUGUCCAAGUCGCCUAAGCAGAAGAGCAUUAUCACGACACACCUGUCCACAGUGUCAUAAGGUGUGCAAGACCUCUUCAGCACUAACUCGCCAUAUCAGACGUCAUGAGUUAAGCAGUUCGCCGGAGAGAGAAAAGGAAGAUAAAGACUCAGAGCCAAAAGCAACAGAAACAGUUGUUCACAAUGUUAGCAGAGACCUAGAGACUGAAAAAGGACAGGUGCCCAGUGCUCUCUCUGUUUCAGUUAUCAGCUAUUCAUCACCAGACCCGCCCAGCAGCGGUGACUGUUUGACGUCACGGCAGCAUGAAGACCAUCUGAGUGAGCGGACAGAUGAACAUCAGAUGUCAGAAUCCAGUGACAAACCUGAACUGACAGAGCUCACUCAUCCAGCUCCAGAGAGAGAGCCUAGCCCGCAGAUCGCAGACCCUCCAUUAGAAAGCCCAGUUAACCUUACACCCACUAAACAUGAAUUCACGCCUGCCACACCCUCCACUCUCCAGAGUGUGCUAGUCAUGAACGGACCUGAGUGUCUGGACUACCGCACCCCCAGCAAAAAGAACCUAGACAGCCAGAUCCACAGAAUACCCAGCCCCGUGCACAUCGCGGCAUCCACCAACACCUCUCCAAAUGUGCCCAUGACGUCACAGACCAGAAUAACCACUGCUGCUCCUCCUGUUUCCAUGACAACAGCUCUCAUCUCUGAGGGGGGAUUCAUGAAACGGGAUGGGGUCAUUAUGGACAGAGAGAGGCAGGCGGGGAGUGGUAUAUUUCUACAUGCAGGUUAUGAGGAACCACCUCUGGUCCAAGAUCUCAGAGUUCAAUCCCUGUCCAGGAGCCCCUCUCCAAACGAAGCACAAGACCUGACCAUGUCCUCUAUUCUAGCUAGAGAGAGGGAGAUAGAGAGGCAAAAGGAGAAAGAGAGGGAGCUCGAGAGACAGAGAGAAAAGGAGAGGGACAAAGAAAUGGUGAAAGAGAGAGAAAAGGAGAUAGAGAGGGUCCAGCAAAUGAGUAGAGUUGCACACGCCCCAGAGGACCAGAUUUCUCUGCUCGUCCCUAAAGAGGAGCCCUUGAGCCCUGUGCCGUCCCCCCAGCAUAUCCCCACUCAAACCACUAUGAAUGGACCCUCCUCACACAGGCACACUCCUAAGUCCCCCUGCCGGUCCCCCUCAACUAUUGGACUGUUAGCUCAAGCCAACCGCCAAGUUCACUCCAGUUCACAAGGACUCGACAGGCUCACGCUGCCCACUGGAGCAGCUGGUGCCGGUGACCGCCCCUCUGCCCAUGCUCUGCUUCUACCCCGGGCCCCCCAACCACCUGAGCCAGAGCACCAGGAGACUGUUUCUUCCAGAGAUUCGCAACAGGGGGAUGCCACCCCAGUGGGCUACUCUUCCCAGAAUUAUCCCCUACCCCUCAUUGUGCCGGACAGCUUCCGCUCUAGUAAGAAGCAGGAGGAAAACCUGCUAAUGUCCUCCUAUCCUGCUGGAGCUCUUCCCUUUGGUCCACUGGGAAAAAUGAUGGUCCCUAACGGCGGGGACCUAGCUAAGCUGCCAUUUUACCCGGACCCUUACCAGCUGCUCUAUGGACCCCAGCUGCUGGCCUACCCGUACAACCUGGCGGCUCUUCCUGUGGCUCUGAAUAUGAUGGCACCUGGAGGGGACAAGGUGGAGCCUCUGCCUUUCCUCCCUGCCAUCUUCAACUACGCAGCCACUGCUGGACCCUACAUGGGCGCAGCCCCUCACCCCCUUGUGGCAAAUCCCAGCCUCUACAGCAGCAGCAGCGGCAGCAGCAAGAAGCAACGAGACAGCAGCGGCGGCAAACCGUAGG